AUGCCCAAGAUUGAAGAGUUUGCCUGGGUCCCAGUGUCCUUCACUGAGGAGGAGGCCGCUGCCCUUUCCAUCACCCUCAAGGGCGAGACCCCGGGCAAGGCCAUCUCUCCGCCACUCAUGGGUAUGGCCGUCGACUCGAUCUUCCUCGGUAUCAUGCUGUGCUUGUUCCUCACCUGGAUUAACCACUCGCGCAGGACUGAGCUCCGGGCCAUCAAGAUUGCAGUGUACUGGGCCUGCUUUAUGGGUGUUGUCGGGAGCGUGCUCAGCUACGUGUGGAUUCUCCACAUCUUUGCUUUCAACUAUGGUUCGUUUGUUCCCUGGAUCAACAACCGCUGGGUAUCCUUCUUCCCCCUGAUCGACUCUUGCAUGACCAUUACGGUCCAGGUCUUCUACGCCGAGCGUGCAUACAAGAUUGCCGGUCGCUCAAAGCUCGUCAUUGUGUCGGUCCUCUUCCCGCUCGUCGUCUCGUUUGCCGGCGCCAUUGGUGUCGCCGUGAGCAGCAUGCUCAAGCAGGCCAUUGACCAGCGCUACAACAACUUUUGUUGGAUGUGGGUGUGCGGUACGUUUGUGGCCGACGUGGUCGUCACCGGUGUCGUCCUGGUCGGUCUCUUCAAGCAGCGUUCCGAGUGGGAGCAGACCGACAACCUUGUCAAGCGUCUCAUUCUCAUCUCGUGCGAGUCGCAGCUUCCCCCGACGCUCCUCGCUUUCGCCCUCAUGACCGACUUUGCCAUCCAGGGCGACUCGUACUAUGCCGUCUUCUUUGAAAUGGUCCAGGGCAAGCUCUACGUCGUCGGCAUGAUCUACGUCCUCAACUCGCGCUACGCGCUCCGCCGCAACAUGGACAGCGGACACGUCGAGUCGUACAAGCCCAACACGUACAACAUGACCCGCAGCCGCGGCAACGGCAACGGCAACAACAACAACAAGAACAACAACAACAAUGGCGGUGUGGCGACCAUCCACGUCCAGACCGAGACGUACAUCGAGUCGCACCAGAUUGACGCUGCGUUCCAGGAGCACAAGAUCCAGCCCAAGCUCCGUGCCCCCUCCGAGUCGGGCGAGACCGACUUUGGCUCGUCCCACGCCGGCUCGCAGCACCACGGCGACGUCAACCUGUCCGAGGUCGGCCUCAACUCGCCAUACAUGGAGCACCAGUCCAAGAACAAGGACUAUUACGGCUCGUACGCCGCAUAG